AUACUUCAGCAGCUUUUGCUGACAAGUUGAUGAACCAAACACGGCUUCUGCGAAAAAGCUUAUGAAACCAACUUGGCUCCUCCUGAAAUGGACACAACAUCACAAGAUCUGGCCCAGCUGCUGAAGAACGCGGCGAUGGACGACGGCACGGUGAUCAUGACCUCGAUCAACGAGGCGUGGGCGGCGCCAAACUCCCUCCUCGACCUAUUCCUCGAGAGCUUCCGCGAAGGCGAAGAGAUACAGCAUCUCCUAGACCAUGUCCUCAUCGUGGCAAUGGAUCCAAAGGCUUUCGAGAGGUGCAGGUCACUGCACCCUCAUUGCUACUUCCUCGAGACGCGCGGCGCCGACUACAAGUCGGAGAAGAUCUACAUGACCAAAGACUACCUUGAGAUGAUGUGGGGCAGGAACAAGUUCCAGCAAACCAUUCUCGAGCUCGGCUACAACUUUCUUUUCACGGAUGUGGACAUAUUGUGGUUUCGGAAUCCGUUGAGACACAUCGCGAUCGCAUCUCACAUCGCGAUAUCGAGUGAUUUCUUCGUGGGGGACCCCGACAGUCUGGUGAACUUCCCCAAUGGAGGGUUCCUCUACGUCAGGUCCUGCGAAAGGACUGUCGAGUUCUACAAGAACUGGCAGCUGUCCAGAGAUAAAUAUCCGGGCAAGCAUGAGCAGAAUGUGUUCAAUCUGAUAAAAGGCGAGUUAUCGGCCCGGCUGAAAGUGAAGAUACAAUUCUUGGACACUGCUUACUGCAGCGGAUUCUGCCAACUCGCGAAAGAUCUGAACAGGGUCUGCACGGUGCACGCGAACUGCUGCAUCGGGCUCGCGGGCAAGCUGCAUGAUUUGAGGAGUGUUCUUCAGGACUGGAAGAAGUACAGGGCUGGGUCUCUCGCAGAGAGAAUGACGGGGAAGUUUCAGUGGACAGUUCCUGGCAUAUGCAUUCAUUGAUUUUGUCCAGUUUUUUUUUUU